AUGUCUGAUGCAAAAAGAAAAUGCCGUCAAUAUAAUAUGACGUAUUUAAAGUUUGGAUUUAUUCCAUCGCCAUUCAACAUACAGCUCCCAAUGUGUUUAAUUUGUAAUAAAGUGUUCUCCAAUGAGGCAAUGAAACCAUCUCGUUUGCAGGAACAUUUGCAAAAAGUUCAUCCUGACAAACAAAAUAAAGAUUUGUCGUUUUUCACAAAUAUUAGGGACAAGUUUCUGAAGGCACCAUCGGUCUCAGGCUUAUUCGCAGGCUCAUCAAAACAAUGCGAUGAUGGUUUGAUUGCUUCUUAUAAUAUAUCGAAAUUGAUAGCAAAAUCGGGAAAAGCCCAUACCAUAGGCGAAGAGUUAAUACUUCCAGCUGUCAAAGAAAUUUUAGAAACGGUUUUACACCAUUCAGCCUCACACAGUGUAAUAAAAAAUGUCCCAUUAAGCAACGAUACUGUGCGACGGCGAAUCGACGAAAUGGCGGAAGACGUUGAAAUUUCAUUAUGUGAACUUCUAUCAUCCACAGAAUUUUCACUUCAAAUCGACGAAUCAACAUUGCCGAAUAAUGAGGCAUUACUAUUGGCAUACGUCCGGUUUGUAAACAAAGGAAAAAUCGUUCAAGAAAUGCUUUUUGCAAGGACCUUGAUUACUGACACAAAAGGUGAAUCUAUUUUCAAUAUAGUCAAAGACUUUUUUAAAGAAAAAAAUAUUCCUCUUAAAAAUGUUAUAUCUAUUGCCACUGAUGGAGCACCUGCAAUGGUAGGACGUCAUCGUGGGUUCAUAGCUUUUUUAAAAAAUGAAAUACCCGGUAUUUUAGCUAUUCACUGCGUCAUUCACAGACAAUAUUUAGUUGCAAAAAACCUCAGUGACCGUUUGCAUCAGUCAUUACAAUAUGUCAUAUCUGCUGUGAAUAAAAUUCGUAGUAAUUCGUUGAACAAUCGACUAUUUACAAAGCUAUGCGAGGAAAACGACGAAGAAUUCAAUCGCUUGCUUUUACACACCGAAGUUCGCUGGCUCUCCAAAGGUGCCUGCCUCAAUAGGUUUUGGAAUCUUUUCGAUUCUGUGCUUGAGUUUCUUGAUGAGAAAGAUGUAAAGCUCAAAAACAGGUUGUUACUAUUUAAAAGCGAUGUUGCUUAUAUGACCGAUUUAUUUGCAAAGUUUAAUGCCAUUAAUCUGCAACUGCUAGGUGACGAGCUCAAUUUAAUAACGUCAAAAUCGGUUAUUUCUGCAUUCCAAAAAAAAUUGACUUUGUGGAAGACCAAUUUUGGUCGCCAAGAGUUCAGCCAGUUCCCAGUCUUGGCUGAUCUGCACAAAAACAGUAAAAUAGCUUUCGACAACAUACAAGUUUACUGUCAACACCUCGAGUCUUUACAUAUGGACUUUUCAGAACGUUUUAAGGAUAUUUUGUCGUUGGAAGUUCCUCAAUGGGUCAUGAAUCCUUUUAUAAAUAUUGAGACAGCAGAGAUACAAAUUCAAGAAGAACUAAUCGAACUUUCAACUGAUGAAACAUUGAAAUCCACUUUCAAGGGUAGUGAUCGGCUCACGGAAUUUUGGCUUAAAACUAACAUAAUUCAUAAUUAUCCUGGACUGUGGACUCUCGUUAAAAAAAUGUUAAUAGCCUUUCCUUCCUCAUACCUUGUCGAGCGAGGGUUCAGCACUGUAACAGAUUUGAUUACAAAAAAGAGAAAUCGACUGGAUAUCGUGACAAGAGGAGAUUUACGACUUAAAUUAACAAACAUCGAACCUAAUAUAAAAAAAACUUGCUAA